AUGAAUGUUUUAGCUGCUGAGUCUCACCAUUGUUUAAUGUUAUACUUUUUUAGACCAACAUGGGAAGGUGGUCAGUACAAUGGCGAUGAAAAAAUGCGACAGGAUGCACUUCGAUUGGCCAUGGAAUACGGGGCUGAUUACAUUGAUGUUGAGCUCCAGGUUGCUCAUGAAUUCAUUCAAUCCAUAGCUGGAAAGAAGCCUGAAAAUUUUAAGAUUGUUGUUUCUUCUCAUAAUUAUCAAAAUACCCCAUCUAUGGAGGAUCUUGGUAAUCUUGUUGCAAAAAUACAAGCAACUGGAGCUGACAUAGUGAAGUUUGGAACAUCUGCCUUAGAUAUAACUGAUGCGGCACGUGUUUUCCAGAUAACUGUGCAUUCUCAGAUAGGGCCCGACACAAAAGUGUUUGGUGUUAUUGGAAAGCCAGUUGGCCAAAGCAAAUCACCAAUUUUGUAUAAUGAGGCCUUCAAGUCAGUUGGUUUUAAUGGAGUUUAUCUGCAUUUGUUGGUAGAUGACAUUGCAAAUUUUCUCCAAACUUACUUGUCUGCAGAUUUUGCGGGAUUCAAUAAUUCUGUCAAAUACAGUGUCACCAUUCCUCACAAGGAAGCUGCACUCACGUGCUGUGAUGAGGUUGAUCCAGUUGCCAAGUCAAUAGGAGCUGUUAAUUGCAUUAUAAGGAGACAAAGUGAUGGGAAGUUAUUGGGAUUCAAUACAGACUAUAUUGGUGCCAUUUCUUCCAUUGAAGAUGGAUUACGAGGUUCGCUUAAUGCUAGCAGUAUGACUGGCUCACCUUUAGCUGGUAAAUUGUUCGUUGUCAUUGGUGCUGGUGGUGCUGGCAAGGCGCUUGCAUAUGGUGCUAAAGAGAAGGGAGCAAGGGUUGUGAUUGCCAAUCGUACCUAUGGUUCUCUUCUAUCUUUGUUAUCUUUCUUGUUGUUGUUUUUUAACUGACUUUGCUACUCUGAUUUUAUGUUGACAUAGCUCCAUGAAUAUUAUGAUCUACUUUUUCAAUCAAAUUUUCUUUUUUAUUCUUCUGCUUGUGUCUCUUGUUAGUAAUAUAUUGAUUUUUUUGUUUAGAAGGCCUGCUAGUUAUUCUCCUUGAUAGUGAAUGCCAGUUUACCAGUUUAAAAAAUAGGAUUCCUCUGGUUUUGUUUACAUGUUUUCUUAAUGAUCUAAAGUCAUAGUUCGUGGUCAUAUCUAAGCUUAUGCUUUCUACAUAUACUCAUGUGAAGUGAUCUCGUGUUUGUCAUUUAUUCUUUUAAAUUUCUGUUGAGAGUUUAGCUGUGGAAUAAAAGAG